AUGGCCAGCUGGGUUUACCGCCAAAAUGAUCCCACGACGGGAUGGGCUGCGGGCUCGGGAUGGGUUCGCGCCCGUCUCGGUGGGCGCGGGGACCCAUCCCACAGCCCAUCCCACGGGCAGACAACUAGGGCCUCACCUGCCGUGCACGUAGCGCUCCAAGUCCCCUUCGACACCUCCUCAGUUCCUUUCUCUCCAGAAGAGCUGCUACUUGAGUCGACGCAGUGUUACGCGGAGCAGAAGGCACUCCCUCCGAUGUUAGCUCAUAAGAGAGUAAAGGGACAAAACCGUGGCCUCGCCAAUACGAACAGCAACCAUUUGAAGAGAGACUAUCCUCUUGAAACGGCCACAUCCCGUGCGACCAGUUGUCGAGAUAUUGUGGCCCUCGUUCUGGAUGAAGCCCUCGAAUGUAAUCGAACGCUAGCGGCGAUGGCUCGGGUGUGCAAGGCUUACAAUCCCAUUGCUAUCACGCGUUUAUGGCGAAACCUCCGCGACCUCGAGCCCCUUUUGAGGUUGUUUCCUACAUUAAAGGUUGAGAGAGACUCUUUUUAUAGCUACAGUAAGAAGUUAACUCUAUCUACCGAUCCAUCCGAAGAGGACUGGACACGCUUCGACUUCUUUGCCCAAUCCGUUAGACAGGUCGACAGAGUUUCUUUCUCUACCUCAAUUUGUUGGGAAUUCUUUUCCCCCCGUUACGACCGUGACAGGCCCAUCCUCCCUCGUCUCGUUCGUCUGGGAAGACUCAAUGUUUGGCUCCCUUUCCCCAUCAUUUCCGCCCUGCUCCCGGUUACUCUGCAAGAUAUCACCUUCGAUCUACCGUUACCCGGUGAUCACCCCAUGGUCAGACAUCCCCUGCGAAAUGCACUCGCCGCUCUCGCCCUUACUGCAAAGAACGUCACGAGAAUUAGGAUUGACGGCGUCGACGAAGAAUCUGAACUUGCACCGCUUCAAGCCUUGAAGUCUUUCCACACUCUCGUCGUCACACUAAAUGAACUCACUUUCGCAUCAAUGAUCCACUUGGGAGGAACACAUCUGCGCUGUCUUGAUAUCAGAUUCCAGACCUUCAACGCCGACCUCGAUUACCAGUCGUUUCAUGGACGGUUCUGCGCCCUGGAAGACCUCCACAUAUCCUUUUCCUGUGACGGGUCUCGAGCCAUCGGCAAGUUUUUGGAAGUCGCGCGACCACCCUCCCUUCGUCACCUGAAGCUCUCGAUCCAAGACCCGUGGAGGUUCCGGGUUUCCUCGUCCCACGCUUUUGGAAGUUUGGCACCUGUAGCAGACAGCAUAGAAAGCUUUGUCCUUGAGUCCCCCGACGACUACGAUGACGAUGUUCCACUCCUGGACAUACAUAUCAUCGAACCGGUCCUCGCGCUCCACCGCCUUACCACUCUCAAGAUAUCGAUCUUCCCGAUGGUGCUUUUCAAUGACGUUUCCCUCGCUGCCUCUGUGUCCGCGUGGCCACUGCUACGGGUUCUUUGUAUUGAACAAGACACGUAUGAUCCAGACAAAGACUGCUACCACGGCAGUCAGCCCCCGGUGCGGCCCACCAUCCACGCGCUGAAGAUUGUCGCGGAGCGCUGUCCCUUGCUGGAGGAGUUCACUUUCGAGUCCGACUUUCAGCUCGACACUCUACCCUCAUCGUUCGCCGACAUCCCGCGUCCCCUGGGCCACCGUCUCCACUACCUCAAGGUCGACUGCAAAAAAGGCCUCAACGCGGACGCCAACAUGCCCUUGGCCUUCUUUGUGGAUAGCCUAUUCCCACACCUCCGGCUUCCGCCCCCCUUCCCCACUGAAAAAUCGACCACAGAGGAGACGUCAGAUGUUUUCGACGACGAC